AAGUACAACAGCAUAUUUUGUCUGUCGGAGUUCCGUACUCGAUGGCGAGUACUGAGGAUUCUCGUCUUCGAGGUUUCCAAGAUCUGAGGGAUCUGCUGGGACACAGACUAGAGGCUGGACAAGUGUCAUGUCCGUUCCACUUUGGCGGCUUGAGAUUAGAGGAGUGGAUUCUGCUCCUGCAAGCGAGUCACCAUCGCCGACGUGUUCUUGAUUUCCUUCACAACACGGUGGUGGACGGAAUGGCGAGAUCCGAUGAGGAACCCGGAGCUGUUGUCAGUCUCUUGGGUGACUAUUUGGACCUCAUUGUAGUACCGAUGGUCCUGCAACGUCCAUCUCUACGAGAAGAAGCGCUGCAAUGUCCUUGCAAGCGCUGCGGCAAUGCCUUGAAGGCAAUUCAUCAAUUGGAGCGGCCAAUUUUAUCACUGCUGCUGGAGGCAGGAGCCUUGACAUUUCUCGGUGACUGCUUGGAGGAGGUUGUGGAUGUGAUGAGAUCAGAUGUUGAUCGGUCUGACCUCUCUUCAGCUGUGAGGGCUUGUGAAUGCCUUGCGAUUCUGGGUGCCUUCUCAAGGCUUCAGGAGGAGACUGAGCUCUACCGCGUGCCACAAGGUGUGAUCCGAUGUUUCAGCUAUUUGCUGCAACAUCUGUCCUCGAGAAGGGCCGAAGAUGUGCAUCUCAUUGCAGUUUCCCUUCACGUUCUGCGCAAUGUGGCUGGGAACUACAAGGAGGUGAUGGAUGGAAGCGCGGAAGCCUUCCGCGAAUGUUUUGAGGGAAGCCUUCUGGCACAGGGCCAGGGCACUGCCACAUUUGGACAGGUGCUGCCGCAGCUGCCAGAGCCAAGUUCCAGAGAGGCAACUGUUGCAACGGGAGCUCGCCCUCAACUUGAAUCUGAAGCUGCAGGGAACCCGCAAGAAAGUGACGAGUGCCAGCUCGGAUCAGAGGAGGUCCUCGCAAAGCGGCAGGAGGUGACGGAGGUGCGACCAGUUUCUGCAAGUGUGACAGCAGCGACCGGGGCGCCGGAGGCUGCGUCAGGUUCAUUUGUGAGGUGUGAUCAAAGGUUCGCACUUUCCUCCUUGUGCCUGCAGGCCAUCUUUCAAUCCACGGAACUUCUGCAGAGCCUACCGCUCUCUGAGGAGGACGUCCGCCGGAAGGUGAUGGUGAUGGCUCGGGAAGCACGCGACAUCGAGUUGUCGGAAAGCCGAAGACGCAGGCAAUCCUUUCAUGGUAUCCGCUUGUACUUCUUGAUCUGCAGGUCAUCCCACGUCAGAAGACAGUAUGCGAUGCUAGAGCCAUCUGUUUUGGAGGAAGAACGACAGACCGUCGCAUUCCUUCUGUCAGUUUCGAGGGACCAACACUGCAUCUUGCUGCGGGCGAUGGCACAGGACGUGCAAAGUUGGCUGAUGUGGCAGUCGAAGGCCUUCACCAAGCGUCGGACGGAGUGGUCUGAUGAGCGAAAGAGGCGAUCCCAAAAGCGGCGAUCACCUGCAAGGCCGACACAUCCGGCGGAAGAGCAGGUGGUCGAGCCUUGCAACCCAUCUUCAGGUUCUUUGCAACCUGUGGGGCUUUUCACGGCGGGUGAGGCUGUUUGGAUGGCCCACUCACUGCUCGUUUUGGCAAUUGCCCUGUGCCUUGUGGCUUACUGGAAUUCGCUGGAGCACACACCAGCGUCUCAAGCUGCUGUGGCCAAAACAGGUCAUGUUGCUGGGUACUUGCUCUAUUGGAGGUGAAAGGCCCAAGGCUUUGCUUUUUGGCGACGAAGGGGCACAAGCAGAAACACAUCUGCUUCCUUCGUGUCAAGCAUUGCUACUGUACAAAUGUCAUGAUUUUAAAGCUUGACAGCCCCAGCUCGAGGGCCUCUCUUCUUCUGCCAUUCACGGGUGUGGAUGGCAGUUCGUCGGACGAUUUGGGGGAACGCGGCAGACCCACAUGUGUCGGUGCCACCGGCAGACUCGAACCCACGUGAUCACUUUGGAUAGAAGUUGGAAUGUGGUUGCACCUGUAGACCAAAACGAGCCUGCAGCAGAAGUUGAUGAGCUCUGCAGAGGAAAAGAAGAGACGGAAGCUUCGUAAAGCUGAGCUCCAAAGGGUUUUGGUAUGAGUUUGACAUGCUGAGCCUGCUGAGCUCCAACUGCUAACGACUCCUUCCGGAGAGAACGCCUAGCUCGAGUGUAGCUCGAGUGGAGUCGCCCAAUGUCGAGUCCUUUGGUCCUUUGAUUUCUC